GACAAAGAUUCAUCCGCUAGUCCAACUCCAACUCCAACUCCAACAUCAUUAUCAUUACACCCUUCAAACGUUGAACAUCAGGGAAACAUUAUAUCUACAAUGACCAUACGUGUUACGACU